AUGCCGUUUUGUAAUGUCGAUUUUGAAUUAGAGGGCAAGUAUGCAUCAAGCUCAAUGAAACGAUUUAUCAAUUCUAAGGUGUACAAGAAAUAUAUUGAAGAACCAAUUUUCAUAUUGCAGGCCAUGAAAUUAAUGAAUAAUAGUGCAUCGUGUUCCUUUUUUGAGCAUAUAGUGGAUCUCAAUGCCCUGGAGAUGAGCCUGAAAUUUAAGAGGGGAGGUGGUUUUCAGACAUUACUACUUCCGCAUGCGGUAACCAUCCUCUCUGAAAGGUUUUUUGAUUGCCCACCAGAUGUUCAAGACCUUAUAGAAGAACUACAUCUUUUGCUUGAUGAGUGUCCGGAUUGUCUUGAAAAAGUUACGUCAUACAUACUACUCGCAGACUAUUACCACUGUAACUUCAAGGUAUANNNAGCGGCUUGGAAGCGGAUUUAUCUAGGAACUUCAAUCGGAUAUGCACUGGGUCUACGUGGGACUUCAUCGAAGAUCAGGGCUAUGUUAUUGUUUGAGGACUCACUCAUAUGUUCCAUCCUUGGUCGUCCCAGUCCCAUUAGCAAAGUCAAUUCAAAGCUUAUUCAUAGCCUUUGCGAUGGUUGGGGUGAAAUCGCCCUGUUUUUAAGGGACUUUAAUGCUAUUCUUCGUGACUUGGAGUCAGAGAACAAUAUCGAGAAAGUCAUAUGCCUUGAGUCGAAGUGCGACACUAUCGUUGAAAAGACUAGAAGCUCUUUGGAAAAGCGUCAUCCCCAAUAUGAUCAAAAACUCAAGUUUUUGGACUAUCUGAAACUCCUGAUCAUGGUGUCCAGUUNNNAAGUCAGGCUUUUAUCCUCCCUGUUCUCGAAGCAUAGGCUGAUUCAGAAACGUUUGGAUGAAAAUUGCAGUGAUUUUACAAACUUAUUAUGUGAACUUUUUCAGUAUUUAACGGAUUCAGGAUUGGCAACUAAAAGUAAUAUCUUUAAUUUUCGUUCCCCCCCCUUUUUUCCUGCAUAUUGUUGUGUCUUUCACGCAUUCCUCUUUCAGUUUCUAUUUACUUCAAGUGAGCUUUUGAAGAUUUCCGACAAAGAGGAAGCAUGCACUAGACAAACAUCAAUAUCGAGAAAUCUAUCUUCUUUGGGCACCACCAUUACACUUCUGAAGAACUUCGAUUAUGUUGCUGACAAGAUAUUUUUCUGCGGUUUCAUGAGAGACGUUUUCGAAUCCUUUAGAGCUCUUCUCUGCCGAAAAACUGACGACAGAUUUCUUGUUCAGCUGCCAGAUGUAUACUCUGCUGGCCAGGCAACAUAUGAUAAAGGACCGGCUCUUUGCGGUAAACUUUCCAGCAAAAGCCAGGGUGUUCCGUCACCAUUUACUGAGGAUACAGCGGAUUGGAUAGCAUCUUGCUUUUAUGAUGGGGUCCCCUAUUUACUUUCUGUGGAUAACUCCUCUCAAUAA